AUGGUGCUGACGGGGCAUGGCGGCGAUCUGACCGUGAUGGGCUAUGGCGACAGGGUAGUGUUCCAGACCCGGUCCGGCGACUUGGGUGCGCUCUCAGACAGCCAGGAUGGAGCGCGUGAUCUCGACGCCGCGUUGUCCGACCCGGUCUGCGGUGCGAUCGAGCCCCAUCUCCUGACCCCGGUGCUGGCGGGGCUGGGCCGUCGCCUGUCUCCCAAGCGGGUCCUGAUCAGCACCGCGCUCGACCCCUCAGCGCUCGCGCCCGAGGGCAAGCCGAUCGCCGUCAAACGCAUUGAUGCGCCGGAUCUGCGGAUCGCGGCGGCUUCUCUGCCGCCGGAAGCGCUGGACGCCCUGCCGGCGAUCUUUGGUGACGCCUUCGCAACGAAGCUGGACUGGGCGGCGCUCCUGAAGCCCUGGCGCGCCGCGGCGGUUCUGGGGCUGACGGCGGUGCUGGCGGCUUCCGGGCUCAUGGUGGGGCAGGCCGCCUAUCUCCAGGAUCGCGCCAGUCGGUAUCAGGCGGCGCAGGAGGCGGAAUUCCGCAUGCUGUUCCCCGAGGCGCGGAUCGUGAAUGUCAGCGCCCAGAUGCGCCAGGCGCUCAACAGCGUCAGCGGCGGGGCUGUGAGCGGGGCGGGCUUCCUGCCGCUGGCGACGGUGCUGUCGGAGACGCUGAGCGAUGUGGACGGCGUCCGGGUGGACUCCCUGCGCUAUGACGCCAGCCGGGGCGAACUCUCUGUGACGGCGCUCUAUUCCGGGUUCGGCGACUUUGAACGCCUGCGCAUGGCGGCUGAAGCGCGGGGCGCGGUGCUUGAGGAUGGCGGCGCGCGGCAGAGCGCGGCUGCCAUGAGCCAGACCACGCUCUUCACUCCGCUCAUCAAGGCCUUUCAGGCGAGAACGGCUCGCGAGCAGGCGCUUCUGGCCGGACUGGCCGUGCUGGUGGUCCUGACGAUCGCCUGGUUCGGCGUUCUGGCGCCGGCGAUGAGCUGGCGCGCCGAUGCGGCCCGCCGAUACGCCAACGCUGCGGAAGGCUAUGAGAGCAUUCUGGUUCAGGCGUCCGAGUAUCGCGCCCUGUCCGCACAGGCGGUCAAUGCCGAUGAUCGUGAGCCCUUGCGCACGCUGGCCGAUCGUACCGCGCGCGAGCGUGGGCUGGCGAUCAGCCGCGUCCAGCCGCUUGAGGACGGACGACUGGGCGUCUGGAUGGAGCAGGCGGACGCGGACUCCCUGAUGGGUUGGCUGAGCCUUCUGUCGCGCGAGCAUGGCGUCAACGCCGAGCGUGUGAGCGGGCUGAUGCGUCUUAUUCUGAUCCUCGGCUUUGUGCUGGCGCUUGUCGCGGGACUGGCGGUCACCGCUCCGACCCGGCUUGUCUAUGAUGCGCUGGCCCCGUCAGGGGUGGAAGCAGGACUGGUGCAGGGCAGCGUCUGGCGCGGGCAGGCGCUGCGUGUGCGUCUGGGCGGACGGGUUGUCCAACAGGUUGAAACCGGGCUGGAGCCGGCGUCCCUGCUGGCGCUGAGCCCGGCAAUGUCCAUGCGGGUGACCGAUCCCGAGAUCCAGAUUGACGCCCGGUUGCGCGCGGCCGGAGACGCAAUCCGGAUCGAGGAAGCGCAAGGCCUUGUCUCGGUCCGGGCAUUGCCCCUGCUGGCGGG